UUCCAUUAACAAACACUUCAUAACACAUUCCACGAAAACGCCAAUAUAAAUACAGUAGGAUUGCUGACACAUAUAACGUCGUGUAAAUAUACGUCACAACACGAGGAAGUGAGAAAGUACGUAUCAAAACGUACAGCUGUAGAGCCAUACAAUCCUGGUGUCAUACUUCUGUGUAACCAAAACUUUAACACACAACUGUCAUCAUGAGCAGCCUCAGAAGACCCAGCAAAGUCCGCGCACAAAGCCCUGACCAGCCCAGAGCCAAAGGCAACAGAAAGAGUAAAGAGCAGAGAGAUACUAGUGACAGACAACCUCCGGUGUGCGCCAACAGCAAGAGCGAUGAAAAACCCGCAUCAAAACGGCAGAGUAACAAGCAGAGAGAUCUUUCCAACCGUGACAGAGAAUCCGAAUCUCAGGAGAGCAAGUCUGAAGAACAACGCGCAAUAUCUAGAAGAACGCAUAAAUCUGCUCACAAUAACGUUGAGAGUAUUCGCGAAGCGCAAGCAUCCAAGAAUGACACAAGGGAAACAGGAGACACAAAUCGACAGAGUAAAAAGCAGAACGAUCCUCAGAACUGUGAAAGUGAAGACAAACCUCAGAAGACCACGAAGAGCAAGUGCGAUAAAAACCCCGCGCCAAAACGAGCGAGCAACAACCGGCAGAGUAAAAAGCAGCGAGAUCCUUCCAGUCGAGGCACAGAUUACGAAUCUCCGGAGGGCUCCAAAAGCAAAUCUGAAGAAAAAUACGUAGCUGAAUCCCCAAGAACGCACAGAACUGUUCCUAAUAAUGCACAUCGUACUGACGAGGCGCAAAUUUCCCAGAAUGACAGACAGGUCGCCCCUCCAGCGGUUUGCGCGGGCAAAUUUGAAGGCAAAGAGAAAAGCGCGCAAAAUCCCGGCGCGCUUGACACUGACGCUGGACAGACGCGUGCGGCCGAAAUAUCUACAAUGAGGAUGCGAAGCGUUGAAGACAACAUAGGAAAAGUUCUCCGUGCCACUAUUGAAAAAUUAAAGAUCAAAACAUCCGAGCGGUCUAAAGCGUCCAGCUGUGUUAAUGAUAUCACGGAUGCAGUCAUUGCACAUCUGAAACAAAAUAUGUCUUGGUGUGAAUAUAUUGAGUGCUUAAGAUCAGGAAGCUAUUAUGAAAACCUUAAAAUCUGUGAACCUGACGAAUUUGAUGUGAUGCUGACUAUUCCGGUGGAGAGGGUGGAUAUUCAGAACUUCAGUGAUAAUGGAGCAUUUUACAGUGUUGCACUGAAACGAAGUCCAAAUAAACAUCCACUGAACAAAUUUCUAAAUGAAGACAAGACAAUACGGGCCAGUGAAAUGCUUAGUGAAUUCAGAGAUGCUGUUAAGGAUGCUUUGGAGAGACUUUCAUAUAAAAUUGUGGUAGAGCGCAAGAAGGCAAGAUGCCCUGCAGUGACAUUGCAGGUAACAGAAAAUGGAAAGACAAUUUCCAUCGACUUUGUUCUUGGGCUUAAGGUCCACAGUUCAAGCUGGCCACCCUUUACAAAAGAUGGUUUCAAGGUAGAAAACUGGCUUGGUACAAAGGAGAAAGCUGAUCUGAAACGUCAACCAUUCUACCUGGUGCCUAAAUAUGAGGGAAAAGGAAAUGCAGAGCAUGAUGGAGUUGUGGCAAAGGAUGCCUGGCGAAUCUCUUUUUCACAUGUUGAGAAAGACAUCCUGAAAAGGCAUGGCCAUUCCAAGACAUGCUGUGAGGCCAGAGGACAGAAAUGUUGCAGGAAGGAGUGUCUAAAGCUUCUGAAGUAUCUUCUUGGACAACUCAAAAAGAAGCACCCAAAAGAGAUGUCCAACUUCUGCUCCUACCAUGCAAAGACCACCCUGCUCCAUGCUUGUGCUGAAAGGGUAGAGGACAGUGAGUGGGCUUCUAAUCAGCUGGCCGACUGCUUCCAUCAGCUUUUGGAAGACUUUAUUGAACACCUUAGAAAACGAGAUCUCCCUAAUUUUUUCGUCCCAUCCCAUAACCUCAUACAUCCAUCCUAUCUGAAUAAGAGCAGCUGUGAUUUUCUAGCACAGCAAAUUGAAAUUCAACGAAACAACAACUUUCCAAUAUUCUGUUGAGUUCACAUUUUCUAAUUAUAUUGAAGUAUGUUCUGUCCCCCUCUUUCAUCUUCAUUGUUAAUUUGAGAAAUUAUACUAUGCAAGACUGUAUGAUAGACAUUGUACAUUUGAGGUUAUUUUUAAGAAUGGUUUCCUGUCAAAUACUCAUCUUCUGAUUCUUUUACUCUAAUAUCACAUUCCAUUUGUUAAUCUAUUUUAAUUACUUGUUUACUUGCAUCAAUAUAGAUAUUUUACACUUCUAUUUAUUUUGUACUACUAAAUGCUUUAUUGCAGUUGUAAUGAGCAAAAUUCUUUGCAAAGGGUAAUGAUUAAGCAUCAUUAAUUUCUCAUGGUUUAUCAGGGUGUAUUAUCAUUAGGUUGGCUGAGGAGUUGCUGCUAUGGUAAAUUGUAAAUUCUUGGUUUCAUGCAUGCUAUAAUGUGGUGUUCACAGUUUGUGUGUUUUGGAACAUCUCUGACAGCACUAGAUUUUCCCCUGGGAGUUCUCAUAAUAAAGAAAGCUUUGGAUCACCACAGUUUGUUUUGUAAAUUUGACUUAGAGAAAGUUGUUUUUUUUAAACAACAAUUAUCUUUUAAAAUACAAUUCAGUAAAUAUAUUUCAAGCAGUUUUACUGGUUUUAUUAGAUAUGUGUUUAACUGAACAAGAUUAAGGUACAUAAUCUACAGUUAGGAGCAUGAGCCUCACAUCAGCCACAAUUUGGAUGUGUAAAAAUGAUACAACUGGAAAAAAUUAAAUAAAUAAAAAAAUCUCCCAUUAAAGGAAUACAUCCUGUGUGCAUAUAAAAUGAUUCAGAAAGAUAAAACAAGUUAAAUAAGAGUUGUUUACAAGAACUUCACUGGCCUCUCUACAAAAUAGAGGAUACAAAUUUUAAAAGCUAAUAAAUUAAACUCCAGGCAUUGAUCUGAAAAAUAAAAUAAAAUAUCAGUACUACUUCCUAUGGCAUGACACAAUGUCUUAACAUCAGAAAUUUGGUUUGGAACAAUGUAAAGAUUUUGGUAGAAUCGUGGCUGAAAAUAUUUUAUUUUCCAUAUCGUUACCUAAAAAUCGGUUGACAUUUCCUUUGUUGCUGUAAUAGGAAAGCAGGAGGUGGAUGAAACAAAUUAAUAUUACCUUUCAAGAGAUCAGAAGCGCCGGUCCGAGCC